AUGGCAAACACAGAAAUGAGAAAUCAAACUGUCAUCACAGAAUUCAACCUCCUUGGAUUUGGGAAUCUACCUAUACUGCGCAUUCCCCUCUUCCUGCUGUUUCUCCUGAUCUACAUUGUGACCAUGGCCGGGAACCUCCUCAUCAUCAUGCUGGUUGUGGCUGAUCACCACCUACACACCCCUAUGUACUUCUUCCUGGGGAACUUGUCCUGCCUGGAGACCUGCUACAGCUCCACCAUCCUGCCCAAGAUGCUUUCAGGUCUCCUUACCAAUAACAAAACCAUUUCUUGUCUUGGCUGCUCCCUUCAGUUUUACAUCUUUGGGUGCCUGGCCUGUACUGAAUGUGUCCUCUUGUCAGUCAUGUCCUAUGACCGGUAUUUAGCAAUAUGCAACCCCCUGCAUUAUGCAACUGCAAUGAACUCAAGGAUCUGUGCUAAAUUAGCUUCAGGUUCUUGGACAACCGGUCUCCUGGUUCUCACCAUGACAGUAAGCUUAAUAUCAACGUUGACCUUCUGUGGCCCCAAUAAAAUUGACCAUUUCUUCUGUGAUCUGACACCCCUGCUACAGCUCUCCUGUACAGACACCCACCUGGUCCGACUGGUAAUUUUUGCCAUUACAUCCAUAGGAUCAUUGCUACCAUUUCUACUGACUGUGGCAUCCUACGGUUGUAUCAUUGCCACCAUCCUGAGAAUCCCAUCUACCACUGGGAGGCAAAAGGCACUUUCCACCUGCUCCUGCCACCUCAUUGUUGUAGCAAUCUUCUAUGGGACCCUAAUCGCUGUGUAUCUCACCCCAACAGUGGAUACUUGGAGAGCCUUGAACAAAGUGCUGUCUGUCUUCUACACUGUCCUCACACCAAUGGUCAACCCCCUCAUCUACAGCCUGAGAAACAGGGAGGUAAUGAAGGCACUGAGCUGGGCUCUUGGUCAGUGGGGAAUUUUCAGAAGGACUCAGGAUGCUGCAGGUGUGUUUCAGAGACUUUCAUGCUAA